AUGGUACUAAACCUUUAUUCCCAAAACCUUUUCUUUUAUUGUUCUUGUCGUAAAAGUACUGUAAAUGGCUUCACUCUCGAUCUUAUCCACCAUGAUUCUCCUAUUUUACCUUAUCACAAUCCAUCAAACACUCCAUUUGAACGCCUUCAAAAUGCCUUCUAUCGGUCAUUCUCCCGAGCAACCUUUUUUAAAAAAUGUCCCGUUAAUUCAAUCCAAUCAACUAUUACUACAACUGAAGGUAAAUACCUCAUGAAAAUCUCAAUUGGAACUCCUCCAAAAGACAUUCUUGUCAUUGCUGAGACUGGUAGUGACUUGACAUGGACACAAUGUGAGCCUUAUGUUCAUUGCUUCAAACAAUUGGCACCUAUUUUCAAUCCCAAGAAUAACUCUUCUUAUAAAGUUGUUCAUUGUAACAAUGAACUUUGUCAAAAUAUAGGAUUUUUCUCAUGUAAGAAUGAUACAUGUAAUUAUGAAGAGAUUUAUGGUGACAAAUCCUAUACCAUAGGUGAUUUUUCUAUUGAAACUUUCACAUUUGUUGAAAAUGUUUCAAUUCUUAAUAUUGCCUUUGGUUGUGGACAUACCAAUAGGGGCACUUUCACUAAUGCCACUUCUGGCAUUGUUGGCUUAGGUGGUGGCAAGGUCUCAAUUGUCAACCAAAUGAAUCAAGAAAUCAAAGGGAAAUUAUCUUAUUGUUUGAUUCUAUUGGAAUCAUCAUCAACUAAUUCCAACACAACUAGUCACAUAAACUUUGGUGACGCUGCUAUCGUGUCAGGUCCUGACGUUGUUUCAAUUCCCUUGAUAAAAUUUCAAUCUUUCUAUUCUCUAUCUUUGGAAAGUAUUAGCAUUGGAAAUAAGACUUUGCCAUUCAAAUCUUCUAAAAUUACUUCCAAUACUCAAGGUAAUAUUAUCAUAGAUUCAGGUAGAACACUUACAUUUGUCCCUCCUGAUUUUUACGCAAAUUUGGAGAAAACAUUGAUCGUUUCUAUUAAUGCUACUAGGAAACACGAUCUAUCUAAGUCUUGUAAGUUAUGUUACGCAUCUAAGAAUAGCACUAUCGUUGUUCCUAAGAUUGUAGCUCAUUUUACAAAUGCAAAUAUAGAGUUGUCACCAACAAACACAUUUGUGCAAGUGGCUGAAGGUUUGGUUUGUUUUACAAUGGUGCCUGAUGAGGAAGUUUCAAUUUUGGGAAACUUCACACAGAUGAAUUUGUUAAUUGGAUUUGAUCUUGUUGCCAACAAAGUUUCAUUCUUGCCUAUUGAUUGCACUAAGCAUUAA